CCCUUGUGCUAGUCUGAGGCCGUCGGCUUCCUCCGAAGCGCUUGGCAGGCCUUAAGCUACUAAAUGUUUCUUUUUUAAAAUUUUGUAUUUCCUACAGUCAACAGACAAAAAUAGAUAUUAUUGGAGGACAGAGGUAUCAUUGUGGAGUGGAAAGGUCGAGGGAUACCCUUCUGUCGGAUUUGCCUCGGCGCUGUGGCACAUUUGUUCAGUACUUUAGCUCCAGAAGCUAGCGGUUGACGAGAGUGGAAGCAUCGGCACGAGCUGAUUUGACUUUGCUCCCAUGGAUGGCAAGAGUAUGAGCAUCUAAUCAACACUUGGUAUCAUGGCUCCACUCUCGCCCUGACCUCUUGGUUCACCCAGGAUCCAAAAUGAGCAUAAGCAGUGAUGAGGUCAAUUUCCUUGUCUACAGAUACCUGCAGGAGUCAGGCUUCUCCCACUCAGCGUUCACCUUUGGCAUAGAGAGCCACAUCAGCCAGUCCAACAUCAACGGAGCUUUGGUGCCCCCUGCUGCCCUCAUCUCCAUCAUCCAGAAAGGCCUGCAGUAUGUGGAGGCUGAAGUCAGCAUCAAUGAGGACGGUACGCUGUUUGAUGGACGACCGAUCGAGUCGCUGUCUUUGAUUGAUGCAGUGAUGCCAGACGUGGUGCAAACGAGGCAGCAGGUGUAUAAGGAUAAGCUGGCUCAGCAGCAAAUUGCCGCUGCCUCCAGCACCACAGCGGCUGCCGCUGCCAAGAACGGAGAGAGCACGGCUAAUGGAGAAGAGAACGGAUCUCACACUCUGUCAAACCACCACUCAGACAUGAUGGAGGUGGACAGGGCGGUGGAGAUCCCAGCCAGUAAAGCCAUGGUGCUGCGGGGCCACGAGUCUGAGGUCUUCAUCUGUGCAUGGAACCCUGUCAGUGAUCUGCUGGCCUCUGGCUCUGGAGACUCAACCGCACGGAUCUGGAACCUGAGUGAGAGCAGCGCGGGAAGAUCCACUCAGCUGGUGCUGCGGCACUGCAUUCGGGAGGGGGGGCAGGAUGUACCCAGUAACAAAGACGUCACCUCACUGGACUGGAAUAGUGAAGGUACACUUCUCGCCACAGGAUCCUAUGAUGGCUUUGCCAGGAUAUGGACUAAAGAUGGUAAUCUUGCCAGUACACUGGGGCAGCACAAAGGUCCCAUAUUUGCUUUAAAGUGGAACAAGAAAGGAAAUUUUAUCCUCAGCGCUGGUGUUGAUAAGACCACCAUUAUUUGGGACGCACACACGGGAGAGGCCAAGCAACAAUUUCCAUUCCAUUCAGCUCCGGCUCUGGACGUGGACUGGCAGAGCAACACCACGUUUGCCUCCUGCAGCACAGACAUGUGCAUUCACGUGUGUAAACUGGGCCAGGACAGACCUGCCAAAACAUUCCAGGGCCACACAAAUGAAGUCAAUGCAAUCAAAUGGGAUCCAACGGGGAAUCUCUUGGCCUCCUGCUCUGAUGACAUGACGCUAAAGCUUUGGAGCAUGAAACAGGACACUUGUGUUCAUGACCUGCAAGCCCACAGUAAGGAGAUCUACACCAUCAAAUGGAGCCCAACUGGCCCUGGAACCAACAACCCCAAUGCCAACCUCAUGCUGGCCAGUGCGUCGUUCGAUUCAACGGUGCGUCUGUGGGACGCAGAGCAUGGUGCCUGCAUCCACACACUGACCAAACACCAGGAGCCCGUCUACAGCGUGGCAUUCAGUCCAGAUGGGCGGCACCUGGCCAGCGGUUCCUUUGACAAGUGUGUCCAUAUCUGGAAUACGCAGGUACUGUAGGCUAUUUAACAAACUAAUACUCGUUACAU